AUCGUGUAUAUAGACCUUCUCCUUUUGUCUAUUUCUACUUUAAUAGUUAAGCCACUUUUACUACACUCCGUAUGCCCAUUGCUGCGUGCUAUAACUCGUGACAGAUUCAUACCUCCCAUUAGCUACGAUCCCUUCCCCGCGACAGUCGUGGAUGUCCCAAUCGUUCCAUUCUCUCUCGAUACCAACGCCACGACUGAUGCCUGCGAGCCGCUUGAGCCUGGCUCUCUGGACUUUACAGACAAAAUUGUGCUCGUCAGACGUGGUGCCGUCGUGUCCUGCGACAUCCACACGCAGCAAGAGAAUCUAGCUCUUGUCGGUGGUACGCUUGUUUUAGUUUACAAUGACGACCGCCCGCUCAGCUACCCCGUGAUUGGGAACACGAACAGCACCGUUGGGUUCAUAACCAGUUUUGCAGGAAAGCAGAUUGUCGAGGCAAUCAAGGCUGGCCGCAACGUCACAGCAGAUUUCUCUGUCAACCACGGACUUCCGGUCGCGCUGACAUACUCCCUCGGCGGUGAUCCGAAUUAUUUCACCAACAUCGGGCCAUUGUACGAUCUUCAGAUCAAGCCCGACAUUGCUGCACCGGGAGGCAAGAUCUACAGUACAUGGAUCGACGACUCAUACACCAUUCAGAGCGGCACUUCCAUGGCUGCACCGUACAUUGCCGGGGUGGCCGCGCUGUACGUCUCCGUCUACGGCGGGCGUAACACGCACCCUAGUGGAAAUGCCUGGGCAAAAGACCUAGGCAAGCGUAUCAUUUCCAGCGGCAUCAGUGUUCCUUGGGCUGAUGGUCUGACCGAGACCGACUACGGCCACUCUGCUAGUGUCGCUCAAGUCGGAAACGGCUUGGUCGAUGCUUUCAAGGUGCUCAAGUACAAGACCGUGAUCGACUAUGAGAAGAUUGCACUGAACGACACCCGCUACUUCAACCGGUACCAUGAGAUUUCCGUCACCAACAAUGACGAAGAGGCAGUGACCUACAAGUUUUCUGCGGAGGACAUCGUCUCGGCCGACAUCCUUGGGUGGUACGCAGCUGAUCGGGUUAUCGCUAACCCUGCUCCUGGAACCAAGAGGGUCAAGGAGUUCUUUGACAUGAUCCCCGAGACGCGCGCGCCAGAAGUCAGCUUUCCCGCGGAAUUCACGUUGCAAUCUGGAGAAAGCAAGACAGUCUCAGUGAACUUCAAGAACCCAGACACCCUUGGCUGGAACGCGUCUGGACUCCCCCUGUACAGCGGUCGUGUUCUCAUCUCUGGCAGCAAUGGAGAGUUUCUCUCUGUCCCAUAUCUGGGUCUCGGUGGUGACCUUCGCAAGGAGGUGACGCCGUUGGAGGAAACCAAUUACGCUUUCAUGAUAUCAACAACUUCGAACACUCCAGUCGCUAGCAAGCCAUACUUUACUUUCAACCUUAGCCUGGCGGCUCAAGAUUUCCCAAGGGUUAUUAGCAAACCGAUUUACGGCAUCAAGGAGACUCGUUGGGAUGUUUUCGAGGCGGGAUGGACGGAACGAGAGUGGAAGUAUCCCCCAGUGCCCGGAGAAAAUGGCCACAUUGGUACUAUCGCCUCCUGGGUUGGGUCCGGCAGGGUAGAGGCCAUCGACACCAGCAUUUACGACCCGAAUGAGACAUUUACGCUUCGCUUUGCGUUGUUGAAGCCGUUUGGUGAUCCAUCGCACGCGGACAAUUGGGAAGUCCUUCAUAUACCGGAAAUUUCUGUACUGUGA